AUGACGGUCAUAUGUAAUACACGAUUAGCAAGUCAGCACACUCUACAGAAUUAUAUUCUGGAAAAAGGCGCAACCAACGUACAUCAGCCGAUACCUGCACUCUUGACAGCGGAUCCCGACUUCGAGAAGUCCAAGGGCCCUGGUCGAUUAAAGGGCAAGGCGCGCAAGCAGGCCAAAGAAGGUAACGCACCCUCUGUGGAGCCCAAGGAGUACAUGCUGAAAGUGGAGAAGAUCCUCAAACCGAUCACGCCGGAUCUGAAGAAGAGAGAAGAAGGCGAGGAGCAGAAGGAGUCGGAUGCCGCAGCGGUGGCGGCGGACGAGCCCUCCUCGAGCGGCAGCGCAGCCAACACUGCCCCCUCUGCUACGCCGCCACACCGCCAGUGUGGAAAAGCCGAAGAAGCUAUUCUCGCUGGAGAUUAUCCUGCAAGACCUCUGCUUGUCCAUGGGUUGUACAUGAAGGGGGUGCUUGACCUGGUAACCGAGGGAGUCUUCGCUGAGGACCCUGACAGUUGGCCCACACCGUUGUUCAAGCUCUGUGAGAUCCGACGUGCGGCGGCGCAAGAGGAAAAAGCAGGUGGUGAGGGCAUCCAGGACUUCGACACCUUCCUUGAAAUCCUGUGCAGCCUGAUUCCGAUACUGGGGGAAACUGUGGAAAACGAUUGUUUGCGGGUUCCGACGCCUAUCUCCGCGCACAGCUGCCGGAGCCUGACUGGACCAAGGAAAUGA